GCUUGUUGUCUAUGCGCGCACUGCGCACAGCCGUCUGCUGAUGUGGAGAACUCUGUAUUGAGCUAUAUGGAUCUCUAAAUAGAUCAGAUAUGCGUCUGAUGAUAAACGUGUAAAUUCAGAGGAUAUUUCGUUUAAAGAGACGCAUUAAUGAAAGGAAUGAUUGACAGUAUGGCAUCUAAAAGCUACGCAGAAUUCCACCAGACUCAACCUGCAAAGACAUCAUUAUUCAGACAGCAGAAGAAUGGUCCAACAUACAGAAUACCAGCUCUUAUCUACAUAAGUGACGCUCAGACAUUUCUUGCCUUUGCUGAAGAACGCAGCACUCCACGUGACAGUGAUGCAAAAGUGUUGGUCAUGAGGAGGGGAUCACAUCAAAAUGGAUCUAUUCAAUGGUCUCCUGUUCAAACACUCUCAUCAGCCUGUUUGCCGGACCAUCGCACUAUGAAUCCUUGUCCAGUCUAUGAGAGGAAAUCCAAAACCGUCUUUCUGUUCUUCGUCAGCAUAUUGGGUAAUACCACAGAAGAAAGACAGAUUGUUACUGGUAGGAACCAAUCCCAUCUGUGUUACGUCACUAGUACAGACUAUGGCCUGAGCUGGAGCAAGACGACGGAUUUAACAAACAGUGUGAUUGGAGAUGAGAUUACUAAUUGGGCUACUUUUGCAGUCGGACCAGGACACGGCAUUCAGAUGAAAAACGGAAGAUUAAUUAUUCCAGCAUAUGUGUAUUAUAUUCAUUACAGAUGUUUCCCAUUCUAUUUUCCGCUUUAUGUUAAGCCUCAUGCUUUAUCAUUCUAUAGUGAUGACCGUGGUAUCACCUGGAACGUGGGGGAGAAAAUCUCGAUGAGUUCUUGUGAGUGUGAGAUGGCUGAGAUCCUAGACCAUGCUGAUCAAAGUCAUUUGUACUGCAAUGCCCGUAGUACGCAUGGCCACAGAGUAGAGGCUUUAAGUCAGAGCAACGGAGCAGCUUUUGACAAACCUCAUUCUGCACAGAAACUUGUGGAGGCCCAUUUCGGUUGCCAGGGUAGCGUAUUGAGCUUUCCCGUGCCCGAGUCAUCAGGAGAAGAGGGCAAGAAACAAAACGAUUCCUCAACACAAUUCGACACAAAGACAUGGUUAGUCUAUUCCCAUCCAACUGAUAAAAAAAAGAGGAAGGAUCUUGGAGUUUACUUGAAUAAAACACCAUUCAGUACUAAUGGUUGGAGCCAGCCAUGGAUUAUCAACAAGGGUCCAAGCGGAUACUCAGACAUGACGCAGUAUGGGCAGAACUUUGCUUGCCUUAUGGAGUGUGGAGAGAAAAGUGAAAUUGAGGAGAUAGCCUUUGUGGAAUUUAAACUCAGUGAUGUAAUAUGCGCUUGCAAUGUGUGAUGUGAUAAAGGGAACUAGUUGAAUAACUAGUUGAAGGUGCAAUGUGGAACUUUAAGAAGAAUCUUUUGACAGAAAUGCAAUAUAAUAUACAUAACUGUAUUAUCAGUGGUGUAUAAAGACCUUACAAAAUUAACUGUAUUGUUUUACUUUAGAAUGAGAUGUUUUUAACUUAUUGUGAGUUAAUGAUUUUGAGCGAAUGCUCUUGACACAUACAUUCAUCAAAUAAUUUGGCCUUAAAUCCCGCACUUAGGCCAUGUAUGUACAAAGUAUGCAUAUGAAUGAAAUAUAAAAUAAUGCACCCAUUAUGCAUAUGAAUAAAACAAUGAAAUGUGAGGUAUGCACAUAAAUGAAAAAUUAAAUGAAAGUGCAAUCUGACAAACAGUGUGCAUGUGAAUAUAAAAUUGUGCAAACAGACAACAGGACUGGAGUAUUAAAGGCAUAGUUCACCCAAAAAUGAAAAUUGUGUCAUCGUUUACUCUUCAUGUUUUUACAAACCUGUAUACAUUUCUUUGUUUCGAUGAACAUGGAGGAAGAUAUUUUAAGGAAUGUUUGCAUGGU